AUGCGUCAGCGCCCGGGUCUUGACGCCAUCUCGUACACUGCGUCCACCGCGGAGGCCUUUGAUUCGUUCGUCUGCCAGAACGCCUGCAUCAUCGUCAGUGGCAAGAAGCACCGCGUACCAAAAGCCCUUACUUGCGAGGCCAACGGCGACCUGAGCUCGAUGGUCAUGUUUGGCGACAUCGUGGUAGUACCCGCGGACCCGGAGGGCAAGACCAGCCCCGUCAGCACGUUCUUCACGGUGAACAUUGUCGGGCGCAUCGUCGUCCUCGGCUCACACGAGUCUAAGGCUGUCACCUCGUCCUUUGACAGGGCGGUCUCGGGUCAAUCGUCACCUCGCGGUGAGCGGGAGAAGGAGGAGUGGGACAUGGGAUGGAAGAUUGUGCAGUGUAUCGCGCCCAUCAAGAAAUGGCUCGGCUCAGGUGUGCUCAGGAGAGCUCCAGAGUACUCUGGAGAAGAUACUCGGGGCUACUCCAGAGUGCUCGCCGAGCAAGCGGCUGUGUCUCUGGAGUGCCUGGGAGGCGCCGGCCAAGCUCUCGCGGCUCCAUAA